AGCAGCACAUGCAGCAACAACAACAGCAACAGUCGCAGAUGAACCAUCAUCAACAGCAGCAGCCUCCUCCGGCGCCACCACCCCAUCAUCAUCAUCAUCAUCCUCAUCAUACGCAUCAUCCGGCGGCGUCGGCUGGGCCACCACUGCACGGCAUGCCACAUGGGCCACCCCAUCUGCAUGGGAUUGCCGCAGCUCACCAGCAGCAGCAGCAGAACCACCAUCAUCCCCAACAGCAGCAACCGCCACAACAGGGCGGUCCUCCUCCCCACCAGCACUAUGCGGCCCAUCCGCAUACCCAGCAGCAGCAGCAACAACAGCAGCAGCUAACCUUUGCCGAGACGACCAAGUCGACCAUUCUCAAGACGGCGGCAGGGGGCGUUGGUAGUGGAGGGGCGGGCGCACCCGGGACCGGUUACGUGCUGCAGGAAAAUUAUUACAACUCAGCCACCGCUUCAUCGGCACUGAUUGGCCAUUCACCGUAUGGCACGGUUGUGCCACCGAUCGGUGCCGCUGGUGGUGGGACGGCUGGUGGAGUGGUUGGUGGUGGUGCCGCGUGUGCUGCAGCCGCCAUAUCGGCUAGCAAGCCUCGAUUUAAACUGUAA